UAGCUGAAGUGACUCUCGAGCCUCGUCCCUCAAGAUGAGCAACGCUGAAGCAAACGGCGCCAUGGUUCCCAAGAAGGCCAAGAUGAGCGGAGACGCGGCGAACCUGCACCGGGACGGCAUCCCGCCAGACAGGCUCAGCAAGAUCAACCCCUCAGGAAAUCACUUCCUAACUUAUCAAAUUGGACAAAACGACUCGAGAGUUGACUGAUCCAGCUCCCUGGACGGUCGACGUGAGGUUGAGUCAAACCAGACAACGGACACACAACCUGGGUUUGUUGAACUCGCUCCGUACGGACACCAGGAGCCAAUCAGAGCUCAGAGGACGUGCGGGGCCUUGCACGGCGCUGGGAGCAGGAGAAUAACUUUGUGGGCGUGGCAGGUGGGCGUGGCUCGGCCUGUGUGGACACAGUGAGGAUGAGAAGCUGAGAACCAGGAUGUGUGUCGGGUGUUGACUUUCUGAACAGUAAAAAGAGAUCCCGCUGAGCAGCUGUCGUCCGGUUGGUUGGUUGUUGGAUCCCACGGUGGCAGAGAUGGUGGACGGAGAUAAAACUGUCCUGUCCCCCAGUACAUUCAUGUUCCUGUUCCAAUCAUAGGAUUCAUAAUUGGACUUUUCAAACAGCCAUCCGACCUGCAGCUCGUCCACAAUGUCCCGUUCACAGCGGAUGUUUUUGAGGGAAACGCUUCACUGCUUUACGUCGAGGAACCCGCUGUUUGUUAGUCUUGUGGUUCGAUGAAUCUCAGGUGGGAAGUGAGAGUCUUUACAGAUGAACCUGGACGAGGAGAACAGAGUGGGUUCAACAGAACCACACGUUCAUCAGAGUCUCUGAUCCUUGGUGACACGUCACAGUGACCGUGGUUCAUUCCAGCUACAGUCGUGACUCUAACAAGUUGAGUCACUUCCAGUUUUCAGGCUUGUGACCUUAAGUUCAGCGGACUCUUAUCUUCACUCCUAGAAAUCCUCCCUCUGACAGGUUUGUCAGCUGCGACUGGGAGGUUGUUCAGAGGACGUUGUGUGACGUCACACUCAUCUGGGAAGUCGUUCGACUCAUUCCGUCUGUUUUCGUUGCCUGGAGACGGGCGACGCUGUUUCAUCGUCCGGUUUCAGCUCAACGGUCUUCAACGUGACGGAGCACACGUCAUCAACCCAUUCAAAGUUUACGAAAAAAAGUUUUGUUGCAGGUGCAGACGUACCUGGAGAGUUUCCAUCUGUCUCUGGAGAAGCUGCAGGAAGUCUCCGCUCGGCUGAGGAAGGAUCUGAUCCGAGGUUUGGGGAAACACUCGCACCACAGGGCGGCGGUGAAGAUGCUGCCCACCUUCGUCCGGGCCACGCCGGACGGGACCGAGAAAGGCGACUUCCUGGCGUUGGAUCUCGGUGGAACAAACUUCCGAGUGCUUCACGUCCGCGUGAUGGAGGAGGAGCAGAAGGUUCUGAAGAUGGACAGUCAGAUCUGCGCCAUCCCGCAGGAAAUGAUGCUGGGAACCGGAGAACAGUUGUUCGACCACAUCGCCGACUGCCUCGGUAAAUUCCUGGACUCUCAGAAUCUGAAGGAACAAACUCUUCCUCUGGGCUUCACCUUCUCCUUCCCCUGUGAGCAGAAAGAAAUCGACAAGAGCAUCUUGAUCCGCUGGACCAAAGGCUUCAACUGCUCCGGAGUGGAGGGCCGCGACGUGGUGCAGCUGCUGAAGGAGGCCAUCCACCGCAGAGGGGACUAUGACAUUGGCUCGGUUGCCAUGGUGAACGACACCGUGGGCACGAUGAUGAGCUGCGGCUACAAGGACCAGAGCUGCGAGAUCGGCAUGAUCAUCGGAACCGGAACCAACGCCUGCUACAUGGAGGAGAUGAAGAACGUGCGGCGCGUGGAGGGAGAGGACGGACGCAUGUGCAUCAACACGGAGUGGGGUGGCUUCGGGGACGACGGCUCGCUGAGGGACGUCCUGACCGAGUUCGACUUGGUCGUCGACCGGACGUCCAUCAACCCCGGUGUGCACACCUUUGAGAAGAUGAUCAGUGGGAUGUAUCUGGGAGAGAUCGUCCGCCUGCUGCUGCUGCGGCUGACGGACGAUCAGCUGCUGUUCGGUGGACGGACGUCGGAGACGCUGAGGACGCCCGGAAAGUUCCAGACCAAGUUCAUCUCGGAGAUCGAAGAGGAGGACGACGGCCUGGACAACGCCCAGAACAUUCUGACGGAGCUCGGCCUGAAGUGGGACGAGGUCGACGUCCGCGUGGUCCGUCUGGUCUGCGACGCCGUCUCCUCGCGCUCGGCCCGACUCUGCGCCGCUGCGCUGGCGACGCUCGUCAACCGCAUCCGGGUCAACCGUGGGCGGGGCCACCUGAAGACCACGGUGGGGGUCGACGGGACGGUGUACAGAAAACACCCCAAUUUCAGCGAGGAGCUCCAGGCGACCGUGCGCCUUCUCGCCCCCGACUGCAGCAUCACCUUCCGCGUCUCGGAGGACGGCAGCGGGAAGGGCGCUGCCAUGGUAACAGCUGUGGCCCAGCGGCUGGCGCUCCAGUCCCGACUGUUAGAGGACAGCGACGGUGACGAGGAGGAAGAGGAGGAGGAGGAGGAGGAAGAUGAUUAACUGGACAAUCCAGGGAAUUAUGAUGAAAACAGUGAAUCACAUGAAAAGUAAAGAAUCAAUUAUGUGUUUUAAAAACUUUUAAUCAAGAUGAUUAAUGUUGACUUUUUUUAUUUUUUAAUUUUUAUUCAUUAUUACAAAAUAAAUCAAGUUUGUGUUUAGAACUACAGAGAAUCAUGAGCAGCAAUGUUAAAAAGCUGAUUAUUACAAAUCAAUAAUGUUUCUGUGACGCUGUUGUCAAGUUGAAUUGUAAACUUUAUUUAAAGUGAUAUUAAAAACAUAUGUUACA